UUUUUCUCACUUGAUUACUUUCUCGGUGCUUUAUGACAACUAACACAUCUAUUCGCAAAUCGCAUAGUAAGACGAUGGCAGCAAGACCUGAAACUGACGUCACAGGAGCGAUGGUGGACAACGCAAAUACAUUCCCACUCUACAAGGUGGACUCACUAGUUCAGUUUUUUCGCACGGAGGUACUAACUGGCCAAGAAGCCAAGCAUUUAACGAAAAGUGACUUAACACCACUGCCGAAGCCAGAUGUCGUUCAGCGGCUGUACAUGAGGGUGUUACAGUUGGUCUUUCGCAUCAGAGCAGAAUCUCAAUAUCUGGUACCACUGUCUGAAAACAUCCAACAACCUCAGCUGUAUGAAGGGGCGGCGCCAAUCAUGAAUCUGUAUUUACGCAUGCGUCAGUUCCUGCCCAUGUGCUUUGUUCAUGAGUUCUCACUUGCCGAUCUUACGGCUCCCAAGCUCAAGCAGACGGUCACGAUAAUGAGUGGCAUUGUAAAUUUCCUGCACUUCCGCACUCAGAGGCUGGAGGUGACUUUGGCAAAUCAACAGAGCUUUCGGGAGAACUUGGACAGACAAAAAGCGUGCAAACAAGGGAUCAGGGAUGCAGAGAAACGCAUCAAGGAGCUGACGACCAUUCCACCUGAGCAGCAAGCUGAAGCAAAAGAGUUGGACAAGGCUGUGGCCGAAUUGACAGAAAGCACUGCACAGCGUUACCCAGAAGUGAAUAGCCUACAGGCCGAAGUCGCCGAUGGAAAAAGUGAAAAUGCUGAGCGGGCACAGAAACUGAGUCAGCUGAAGGUGGACGUGAGUGGCCAGAAGGAGGCGAUCAGCAAGCUCAAGUCUCAGAUCGUGGAGUCCCCUGAGGACUUGAAGAACGAGAUGAUGAAGAUGAAGGACACCAUCCAGAACGACAAGAGCACAAAGGACGCAAAGGACGAGCGACUUGUGGAGAACCAGGAGUUUCGGCAGGCUGUGGACCGUCAGAAGGUCGAACUUCAGCUGUACAACAAGCUGUUGCAGGACCUCCAGGUGGCCAUUACCAAGGCCCAGCAGCAGCAGGAGGAGAUCCAAACGGGGAUGCGAACCGAGGAGCAGCUUGGUAAGGAGCAGAAGGCAGUGAGUGCGGAGGAGGGGCAGCUGAAGAGGGCUCUGGCCCUGAAACAGGACAAGGAGUCCAAGCAGAGCAUGCGGCGCCAGAAGAAGAUGGAGGGCAAGGACCACCACAUGCGCAGCAUCGAAGGGGAGUAUGACCGGGUCCACCAGAAGCGUGAGGAGGUGGUGGAGAAGAUCGAGAAGUUGACCAUGGAGAUGAAGCAGUUCAAGGCCAAGAUGCAGAGCAUGAGGGACACCUGUGGCCAAGAGACCCAGAAAGCACAGGUCAUGUACGACGAUCUGAGAGGCAGCUUGGACCAGUUCCACAAGCGAUUGGAAAAUGUCAUUGUGGAUGGAUAAAAUGAUAAAUGUAUAUAUUUAUGUCCAGUUCAGAAAACACUGCAUACUGGAUGUUUUUUUUCCCUUUUCUUGGAGCGUAUAUAUUUAAGUGUUUUUGUAUCUUUUUAUAGGUGUUUUGUCUGUCUGUAUUGCUUAAAAAAAAGUAAGGCACAGUAAAGUUUGUAUUUUUAACCAUUCUA